GUACUUGGUAUUGAGAAACGGCCAGGCUCUCUCAACCCGGAGUAGGGAUAUGUCCAACAGCAUUUGAGGGCAGCAGUGUGUAGUCCUGCCCACAGGAAAGAGGCAAACUUAAAGAUAGGGUAGGUGCUGUUCAUUUACUGUUUAUGAAAAUAGUGUUUCAUCAAGCGGACAUAAUUAUAAAAGACAGAGAGAGAGAGAGAGACAGAGACAAUAAAAAAUAAUCUUCUUAGCAGUUUCUGUGUUGUGUGUUUUAAUUAUUGAUUGAAGCUUUCAUGUUUGGAAGCAGACCUGAUGGUGAAUCCUUUCUCAACAGCAGCCUGGUCUUUAAGUGGGAUUCCCCUUCUUGAAUCACUUUAAUGCAGGAACAGAGGGCAAGACAGGGGGAAUCCGUUGGUCCCAGGCCACAGCCACAGCCACAGCCUCUGUUUACCAGAAUGGACAGCCAGGAGGUGGAGGAUUUACUGCAGGAGUGCCUCGGAGCAGUGGCAGCAGCUCAACGGUUCACCCAGCCCACUGAGGCAGAGAGGCUGAGCUACUGUAGAUGCAGUGACUCGCUCUGUGCAGAACUGGCCUCUCUCCUGCAGGAGGCAAUGGACAUGAAGUGGCCCUUUACGCCGGAGAAGUGGCAGUACAAGACCAACCUCAGUGACCUUGUCAGCAAGCACCUGUCCCAGCUCCUGGCCCUUCUAAAGGCUUCCAUCGUGGCUCAGGAGGCAUGCACAGUGUUGGCGGCGGUCUUCUUAGUCGACCGCUUCCUCUACUAGACAGACGAGUCCAGCUGGCUGUUGAAGAUCACCAAGCUGCUCCACAGAAGGCACCCUAGCGUUCCUGUGGCCCCCGAGCUGAGCUGGAUAAUCAUUACAAUCAUCUUCCCUCCAGGCAAACUGCAGAAGGCAGAAUACAUUCUGAGCAGUCUGAUUAACAACAGCAGAGCCACCGGAUGUUGGGCGUACCACUGUGAAUGUGACAGGGCUCUUGUGCAGGCCGUUAGUGUUCAAGUACGUGGGAUGAUUUUGCAAAAGCUCGGCUUGUGGCUUGAGGCUGCAAAGCUAAUCUGGGCCUCUAUGGUUGGCUACUACGCACUUCCACAACCUGAUCAAAAAGGCAUUGGUACCUCUUUUGGCAUAGUGGCUAACAUAUUGGUGUCUAUGAAUGAUGAGGACCUCCAUGCCUUUAGGACUAAUCCAGAUAUUGAUUUGUCUUUACUUGGUGACCGGAGUCAUCGUCUCCUCUCUGCUGCACAGGCAGCUAAAAUGGCGGUGGUGUACAGCCAGUACACUUCCCUCUAUGUGUUGACCAAUGUGGCAACUCCGUGGAGUGCCCAGCCUCUCAACGGCAGUCUUUCCUCCUGCAGGCUAGAGAGGCAUUUUCAAUCGGCUGCUCACCAAAGCAGAGGGCGAGCUGGUCACCAGCAAGCAGGACCUCCACACCUUCCUGAAGGCUGCCUAUUCUCUCACUGUGGCUCACAAAUGGCUCGGCACUCCUCCGGAGGUUGUGGCGCAGGCAACUCAAGCUUGCCAAAGAGCUUUAGCAAACUUCUAUGA